AUGCUACGGCGGUGGGCUUUCCUCUCCUUUUCGUUGCUGGGCUUGGCCAGCGCAGAUACGUUCGAGAAUACUGCCAUUGUGCGCACUAUUGAGCUUGGGGGCUCGCUUGUUCAGGUCACCAAAACAUACGCUGUGAAGGCGCUUGAAUCCAACGCGAACCAUUACACUAUCGCGCUCUCCGAAACUGAGAAGAGGCAGACGAGCUGGUUGGAAGCAAAGAUUAAGGGACAACCCCAGGCCCUCACUAUCACUGAACGCGGCGUCGAUUCGAAUGGUCUUUACCUUGUUGAUAUCUCAUUGCCUCAAGCUCCUUCCGUUGGCUCCUCUACCAACAUCGUCGUCGAGUCGGUUCUCACACAUUCCACGUAUCCGUGGCCUGAAACAGCAGCACAAAACGAGGAGCAAUCUCUCAAGCAUGAGACAGACCUUUUUGUCCUUAGCCCGUACCGUUCAGCCGUUCAGCGCACCAAAAUAAAGUCACCUUCACCCAACAUUCAUUCUUACACCACCCCCGAAAAUCUUCAGGCCUUCACCCAUGACGCGACUGUUACUAAAUCCGGCGCAACUGUCACCUAUGGACCGUACAACAACAUUCCUGUGUCUACGGACGAGGAGUUCGUUUCCAAACAACAGAAACGAGUGGUCAUCCAUUAUGUCUACGACUUUCCUGUUGCUGAAAUCCCUCAACUCCAUCGCUAUGCGGAAGUCAGCCACUGGGGUGGUAACUUGAACAUCGAAGACCAUAUUCACCUUCGUAACUCCGGGCCUGCCUUGAAGGGUCAUUUCUCUCGUCUCGAGCACCAAACUCAGACGUUUUAUAAGCGCACUCUGCCCCAUGUCAUUCCUGGAAUGACGCUGCAUCUCCCGGCUGGUAUCCGCAACACCUACUACUAUGAUCUCAACGGGAAUGUGUCGACCUCUCGUCUCCGUACCGCGCCUUCUGUCCCACGAAGCUCACAAGUCAGGCAAUAUAGCGUGCUUGAAUUACGACCGCGUUUCCCCAUUAUGGGCGGUUGGAACUACAGCUUCACUCUGGGGUGGGAUUCGCCCCUCGAGGAUUCUACUGGUUACGACAAACGCUCUGGCAAGUACAUUCUGCAAGUGCCCGUCUUGACGCCCAUGCCCGCGACCGUGGUCAAUAAUGCAGAAGUCACCAUCAUCCUGCCAGAAGGCGCCACCGAUGUUGAAUUUGCGACUCCAUUCCCGGCAACCUCGAGCUCCCAAUCGACGCAUGUCACAUACUUGGACACUGUUGGACGCCCGGCUGUUACCUUGAACUUCAAAGAUCUCACUGAGAAGCAUGCACUCCCUAUCUAUGUCUCUUACAAAGUUCCUCUGUCAGCUCAUCUCAAAAAGCCCAUAGCCGUGGCUAUCGCAUUCUUGAGCAUCUUUGCAUUUGGACUAACAGCCAGACGCGUUGAUUUGCGAAUCCACAAGUCGUGA